UUGUGUUUAUUUUAGGCCUCACUAUCUCAUUCUCAGUUUCUCUCUUCACUUUCUCACACUUCCACUCAAUAAUAGUGUGUUUGUUCUUUCCCAAGUUUCAUCAAUUUUCUUUCUUCUUCACUCUAGCUCUUGGUUUAAUUUCUUCAUUUAAUUAGUAAUUUAUUUUGGUAUAUAAGUAUAUUGUUUUGAGAUGAUGAAAUUGGAGAUGUUGGAGGAGUUUUCGGGGUGUAGCGAUCAGACUACGAUCGUGAAAGGGAAGCGCACCAAGCGGCCGAGGCCGUCGUCCUCCACCUCCUCAAACGGCGGCGCCGCCGAGUUCUGCAAUUCAUUCGCGUCAUCUCCGACCACCUCGAGCGGGAUAUCGGCCAGCACGGAAGAAGACGAGGACAUGGCCAACUGUUUGAUUCUCCUCGCACGUGGGGAUUCCCCUCCGCAACCACAAAAAAUCAAGACCACGGCGGCAGCAGCGGCGGCGGCGGAGGAGAGUAAAUUCAGCAGCCGGAAAUUCGCCGAGAUGGCCACCACCUCGGCCGGAAAAGUGGGCAUCUACGUCUACGAGUGCAAGACUUGCAACAGAACAUUCCCGUCUUUUCAGGCGCUGGGCGGCCACAGGGCCAGCCACAAGAAGCCGAAACCCGCCGCGGAGACUGAUCAGCGGAAGUCUCCGCCGGCGGCGGCGGAUGGUCAAGAAGAGGGAGGAGGAAAGGAGUUGAGAAAACUAACCGCUAUUUCUCCACCACCAGCAACACAAAGUGAUCCAAACAAGCCCAAAAUGCACGAGUGCUCGAUUUGCGGCUCGGAAUUCGGAUCGGGGCAAGCCCUCGGCGGCCACAUGCGGCGGCAUAGGCCGGCGCCGCCGCCGCCUAGUGCUGGCGCAAGGACUCCGGCGAGCGUCGACGAGAAUACGACGUCGCAUGAAGCUGCAGAGAAGGCGAGGAAUUUGUUGGCAUUGGAUCUCAACCUCCCGGCGCCGCUGGAGGAUGAGAAACUGCCGCCGCCGCCGCCGCAUGUAGUCUUCUCCGCCGCCGCGCUAGUGGAUUGCCACUACUAGAUAGGAGGAAAAUUGGGGUUUGACAUUUGAUCAUGUGAAUAAUUAUUUCUUUUACCAACAAUUUUUUUUUACUUAUAAAUUUAUAAGUCCCAUUAUUCA